UCUUUUAUUUGUCUCUUCCUCAAACCUUCUCCACUUUCUCCUUUCUAUAUUACUCUUAAUAAUUCCCCUUUCAUACCCUAUUUCUCCUCCUCCUCCUUCGUCUUCGUCAUCGUCAUCGUCAUAUCACAAAAAAAAAAAUAAAUCUCAAAAAAUUCUUUCUACCAUGGAAUUCUACAAUAACCUAGAAGAUUAUUCGAAGAGUUCGUCGAGCGAAGAAACCGACCGGUCGUUGUACGAGCAAGCCGGAGAUCAUCAAGAGAUGGGAACAGGAAGAUCCUAUGAGUGUGUGUUUUGCAAGAGGGGAUUCACCACAGCACAAGCUUUGGGUGGACACAUGAACAUUCAUAGAAAAGAUAGAGCCAAUAACAAAGCCAAAAUUCCAGCUUCUAGUUCAAGCAAGGUUGAUGAUGAGAACUACUAUGCAGAUCUAGGGCACUAUUCAUCACCAAUUCCAAGCUAUCUUGCAAGAAAUGGAAAUUAUCAUGAGGAAGCAAGAUUUGGAUAGCUUUGGAGCUAGGCUUCUUCAAGAUGAAAAUUAUUGAGGUGGGUUUUCUUGAGAUUUUGAUGAUGAAGAAGGUACUAAUUAUAAUUAUAUAUGUAUAUGUUUUCUAUUGAAAACACUUGCCCUA